AUGGCGACCCCGCGAGACCCUUCCGCGCACACGGCGGCGAGCGAGACGAGAGAUGACACAACACAGCCCGGCGCCUCCACGAGCGCUGCAGGCCAACAAGCCACAGAUGAUAGUGUCGGCUUGUCUGCAGGUCGCGGCGAAACCCUCGAUCGCAAUAACGAGGAGGACCAGCCGUCGCCGGCUGACGAUGCUUCCUCGGCCCCAACUAGGGGUCCAGUUGCACAAACCCAGGCGCCGACCAACGAGGCGAAUUCGCCUGCCUUGACUCCCGAAAACGAGCACCAGAACACGCAAAACGACACCCAAAAUAGAGAACACGACAUUUCGGACAAUGAUCAACCCGCUCGAGAAGAAUACCCUGCCACCGAUGCUGAAAGCGCCAACGCUGAAAGCACAACAAUUCCUAUCAGGACCUCAUCAGUCCGGGCAUCAUCACAUGCCGCAGCAGUCCAGGCAGCCGCCGGACCAUCGUCGAACUUCCGGAUAGAACCUUCAUCCCGCACGCAAUUCAUCGGCCCAGAUGGACAGGUCGUGGACUUGGCGACCAUCAUACGAAGCAGCCUCCGCCAGCAAUACAGUCAUACUAGAGAACGCCCGCAACGAUACCGCCGAGAGUCGCCCGAGUUUGUUGUUCCUAGGUGGCAGCCAGAUGUUGAGGUGACGCUCUGUCCCAUCUGCAACACACAAUUCAGCAUAUGGGUGCGAAAGCACCACUGCAGAAAAUGCGGAAGAGUAGUCUGCAACUCGUGCUCUCCCCAUCGUAUCACGAUCCCGAAUCAAUACAUUGUUCGGCCCCCAGACUCUGAGGUUUCCUUUGCUUCAAGCCUGUUUGCGGAUCCCAUUGGAGCCAGCUAUCCGGAGCAUGAUGGAAUGCCGGGUGGUGAACGUGUUAGACUCUGCAAUCCAUGUGUUCCUGACCCAAAUACGGCACCACCGCAAAGUCCGACGCCGGGCUCUCCGCGCUCGCCGCACCACAGAUCUCGGAGUAGCUUGAACAACGCUUAUGGGUUUGGGGGACUGGCAGGCGCAUUGCAGGCAGCCAACGACUCGACUCAGUAUAAUGGCUCCCGUACAAGGAGCAUUGCCUUGAAUCCACCUGCAAGAGGACACGACCCGGUACCGACAUCGAGCCGCAGCGCCUCAUACCAGACUCCAUUCGAACGGUACAUGUCGGCACGCCCAGGGAAUGCACAGUUCAGCACUCGGCCUGGACUGUUUGAGGAUGGGGCGUCAUCGUCACGGCACCGAGCACUGCCUCCGACGCCUCAGAUUGCAGAAGAAGACGAAUGCCCCGUAUGCCACAGAGAGCUGCCCGCUACGACGCUCCCCGACUUUGAAGUGUUGCGAGAGCAGCAUAUCACGGCAUGCAUCCAGUCCCACAGCACAUACGGCAGCCCUGCUCCCGGGGUUGGAGUUGCGGUCGCGCCGCCGCCGGUCCCUCGUCGCAGCGGCAUGUACACCUACACGGCGACGGAAAAGGACUGCGUGGACGAUGCCGAGUGCACAAUCUGCCUGGAGGAGUUUGCCGUCGGGGUGCCGAUGGCGCGGCUGGAGUGCCUCUGCCGCUUCCACCGCGCUUGCAUAGCAGCCUGGUUCGUGAACCACCCUGGACGGUGCCCUGUACACCAGCACGAUGGUUUCGGAUUCUAG